AUGGGUCAAGCCCUCAAUACCGCCAAAGGGAAUGGAGAGGUAAUGGGGAAAGACUUGGAAGCUAUGGCGGAGAAUUGCUACCGCAAACGCUUUGAAGCAAAAAAUGACGAUAAAGAAUGGUCUUUCGGAGACUUCUACCGCACUGUCGCUGAAGCUGUCGAAGAAAUCAAUAGAAGACUCGGUGGUACCCAACUUAAGGUGCCAAGUGUUGAAAAACUACAAGAAGCUUAUGAGAGACACAAUCUCGGGGAGGGGAAGAAGCUAUCGAAGGAUGAGUUUCAGAAGCUUCUUCAGGAGGUUUUGAUCGGAGCUGGGUUCACUGGCGUAGGAGGAGUAAAAGAGUUUCUACUCUUCAUCUUUGGAGUUCCAGCCUUGGCCGUCUUUAUCAAGAACCGUAUAGCUCCGACGUCCAUUCCCAACGACUUGUUCGUCCCGGCCGUCACUUCCGCCACCGUCUUCCUCCUCGCCAAGCUCAACAAGAUAUGA